AUGGACAGCAACUCAAACGCGGACGAUGUAUUCGCAGCCCUCGAGAAAGCCUUCUCUGAGGCCGUGAGGGACGGUGUCCUACCCGGCGCUGUACUUACCGCCACAAAUGGGAAUGGGAGCUUUCAUUUUACUAAAGCAUUUGGGAACAAUGGAGUCAAUAGUACCGGAGAUCCGCUCACGACGAAGUCCAUUAUGGCAAUUGCAUCUAUGACAAAGCUUUUGACGUCCAUCGCCGCCCUUCAAUUGGUCGAGCGUCAACUUGUUCAUCUUGACCAGGACAUCUCACCUCUGGUUCCUACUUUGGCUGCCCAAGAGGUUUUGACUGGUUGGGAUACAACAGGGCGAUAUAUUACGCAGAAAAGGAAAAAUGUCAUCACUCUUCGUUAUCUCCUUACCCACAGCAGUGGCGCUGGUUAUGACAUGAGUAAUCCAGCCCUGGCAAGGGUUACAAUGUCUCAUGGUCGAGAGAUAAAUGUUGGCGCUACGGUCAACGAGAGAUUCGGCUACCCUCUGUUAUUCGAACCGGGUACCAGCUGGGAGUACGGGACGGGUAUCGAUUGGGUUGGUCAAUUGGUGGAACAUCUCACCGGACAAGACUUGGAGAGCUAUAUGCAGGAGCAUAUCUGGGGCCCUCUGGCGAUCCAGAGAAUCACUUUCUGGCCAUCUCGACGUAUCGAUAUGAACACCGAACGUAUGCGAAUGACAGUACGUGACGAAACUUCGGGACGUGUUGUUCCUCUGCAGAGGCCUUUCUUAGCCGAAGGGGUUAGCGAGUGCUUUGGUGGUCAGGGGGCAUAUGCCGCGAUGGAGGAUUUCAUGAAGGUUCUUCGUUCAAUCCUCGCAGAUGAUGGGAAGCUCCUGACCAAGGAUACAACAGCCACAAUGUUCCAGUCUCAGCUCGGUGAUGCCAGUAGGGAGUCACUUCGCAAACAUAUCAAGUCUUGUGGUCUCAAUGCGGCUUUUAUUGGCAUAUCAGAUAACAGUCAUGCAUAUGACUGGGGAUUGGGUGGAAUGCUGGCCAUGGAUGAUGAGUUGUCUGGCCGGAAGAAGGGUACAUUGUUCUGGAGCGGAAAGCCAAAUUUGUUCUGGUUCAUUGACCGAGACUCGGAUCUUUGUGGCGUUUUUGGUACCCAGGUCCUUCCACCUGGGGAUAAACUUGUGGCAGAGAUGAUACAGCUAUUCGAGAAAUGUCUAUAUAGAGUUGCCCAGGCAGAGGGUCAAUAG